UGGUCCAAUUUAUGUUUUACUGUUGCUUGGCGCUGACCCCGAUCACGGUCGGGGAGGCUCCCAAAAGUCCAUUUAUUGGUAUUUUAACGAUUUGGUAACGGGGAAAACUAUGUGGAAAUGAAGGACGAGGAAUGUUAAAAGGACGUUAGCGGCGGUUGUCGCAGUGUCCUUCUUAUAUACUCUGAUAUCCUGUUAAAGCUGUCAAAAAGAUCAAAUGCUUCGUGUUUUCAAACUGCUUGUCCUUGGAACGCUAGCGCUAAGUACUCAUGCUGUUCCUACGCCGAUCCGGCGUGCAAUCGAGUUUGGAGUCAACUUGCCAGCUGACGACCUGAAUUACGAUGUCAACCUGUCCAACGGCCUUCGUCUGAUCCAAUUCUCUCCUAAUGAGCCACCGCGAUGGGUCCCCGAGACCACACUGGCCGGAAUGACUAUCGAAGAAAAUGGGUUCAUGGACGUAACCUACGUAUGGGAGACAAACUACAGGGCCAGCUUUGAGCAAUCCUUUGGCCCAGUACAGAGUGCAGAGAGUGGGUACACCUUUAUACCCGGAGCUGCCAAGAGUUUUGCUGGAAAUGAUACCACGACCACACCGCCGGGAUCUGCCGCAGCACCUGGAGAUCUGCCCACCAUUAGCCAACAAACAUUGGUGAAAUCCCUCUUUGGAAAGAUUGACAUUCAAGGCAUGAAGAGCAAUGUAAACGCCUUCGUUGCCUUGCCGAACAGAAAUUUCAAAUCCAAAGACGGUACCAAAUCAGCAACAUGGCUAUUUGAUCGUGCCACGGAACUUUUAGGAAAAGCAGGCACGACUCAAAAAGUCACUCACCCCUUCUCGCAGUUCUCGGUCAUCGCGACAAUCCCUGGUACAAGCAAGGAAAAAGUCAUUCUUGGCUCACACCAGGACAGCAUUAGCAAAGAUGCCACGGCACCGGGUGCAGAUGACGAUGCGAGCGGGAGUAUGACCAUCAUGGAGGUCAUGCGCAUUGUGGGUGGUGAAGUGCAAAAUGGCUUCCAGCCGGCGAGGACAUUGGAGUUUCAUUGGUAUGCGGGCGAGGAAGGGGGAUUGCUAGGAAGUCAACUGAUUGCCUUGGACUAUAAGAAGAGAUCUGAGAAUGUAAUCGGAAUGAUGCAGUUCGACAUGACCGGUUUCGCAAAGGACCCAGCAAACCGCCGUCUUGCUGUCAUGACUGACUUCACCGACCCUGGUCUGGUCGCAUUUACCAAAAAUUUGAUGAAAGAAUACAGCACGACGCCGAUUGUUGAAAGCAAAUGCGGAUUCGGUUGCUCUGAUCACGCAUCUUGGACACGAGCUGGGUUCAAAGCUGUUCUCCCUGCGGAGGGAAUUUUCGAAGAAAUUACCCCGUUCAUCCAUACGAGUCAAGAUACCGUGGAUAAGUUGAACUGGGAUCACAUACAAGACUUUACAAAACUAGGGCUGAGUUUUAUGGUUGAGAUGGCUGGGGGUAGUCCUGCAGCUGCUGGCAACGGCACUGCAGCGACGGAAGAACCUACAGCAGCGCCCACGGCUCCAACGCCACCACAGGCGCCCAAGGAGAAUGGCGGCGCAACCACGCCCAGUGCUACGACUACCGAAACUGAAAACCGUGGUACGCCGACAGCGACGCCUAAUGGAGGGACUGCGCAAAUACCUCGCACGGGUACGGCACCUCCCACAGACGCCGGCCAAAUCGCUGGAGCGCUGUUGGACAUGUUUAAACAGAUACAGACUCGUAUAGGGACUGUAGUUUCCAAGUUUGGGCUAUGAACUUGUAUAGAGCGCUGACUCGAUGGAAAACAAUGUAGAAUAUGUCAGAGUAGUGCCAUUAUAUGUAGAAAGUAUUCCGCUCACACCGUAUGUUAGGUUGUCCUUUGUAAAGAAAACGAGAAAGCGUGUGUAUGUAAAUAAAAAUGGAUCAAUCAAUAAAAAGAUACAAGCCGGGA